AUGGAAAAGGAUGUCGAGGCCAUACCAGGAAACCUGGCCCUUGAUACGAAACCAGGAAACAUCGAAACCGCGCCGACCGCCUUUGGCCGCUUCGUUGACAGCUUCAAACGAAACCCCAAUGCUCGCGUGACGACACAAGCCAUUGAUGCGGACGGCAACAUUCUCAAGGACCAGCCUCCUGCGGAACCGGCAUUGGCUAUGAAAUUGAAGCAACGUCAUCUCCAGAUGAUCGCUAUUGGUGGUUCGAUUGGUACUGGUCUGUUCGUGGGUUCCGGAUCAGCUCUAGCUACUGGCGGCCCGGGGUCGCUGGUUCUCGCCUAUGGUUUGAUUGGGAUCAUGCUAUACUGUGUCGUCCAGGCGCUGGGAGAGCUAGCCGUCGCCUUUCCCGUGGCUGGGGCAUUCUCAGUCUAUGCAAGCAGGUUCUUGGAUCCAGCCUGGGGGUUUGCAAUGGGCUGGACUUACCAAUUGCAAUGGGUUGUCACUCUUCCCCUUGAAAUUGUAGCAGGAUCCCUUACGCUGCAAUUUUGGGCUGGUAGUCGAAGCGUCAACUCUGCGGCAUGGGUCACAAUUUUCCUGGUCAGCAUUAUCAUUAUCAAUUUCUUUGGCGUUCGCGGCUAUGGAGAAGCAGAAUUUGUCUUCUCCAUCAUCAAGGUCACGGCAGUCAUUGGGUUUUGCCUGCUCGGCAUAAUUAUCGACACUGGUGGCGUACCUGGGGACGACCGAGGAUACAUUGGAGCUCGUUACUGGCAUGAUCCGGGGGCUUUCAACGCUGGAUUCAAGGGCCUUUGCUCGGUUUUCGUCACAGCUGCGUUUUCCUUCUCGGGCACCGAGCUUGUUGGUCUUGCUGCAGCUGAGACUGAAAAUCCACGUCUCGCUUUACCAACAGCUGUCAAGCAGGUCUUCUGGCGGAUUGCAUUGUUUUACAUGACGUCUCUUACUAUCGUGGGCGUUCUCGUGCCUUACACUGAUCCCAUGCUUCUCAACGGCACCAGUUCAUCCGACGCCAAUGCCUCGCCAUUCGUUAUCGCGGUACGGAAUGCUGGUAUCGAGGCAGUCCCAUCCAUCAUGAACGUUGUCAUCCUUAUUGCAGUGCUCUCUGUCGGGAAUUCUUCGAUUUAUGGUGCAAGCAGAACUCUUGCUGCUCUUGCCGACAUGGGCAUGGCACCAAAGAUCUUGGGUUACGUCGACCGCUCCGGCCGACCGUUGGCUGCUAUCAUAGCCUCCUCAUUGAUCGGAUUUCUCUGUUACAUCGUCGCCGCAGGUCCAGAGACGAGCAACCAGGCAUUCAACUGGAUGAUCGCCAUUUCGGGUUUGGCAGCAAUCUUUACAUGGGGUUCCAUCUGCCUCUGCCAUAUUCGCUUCCGCCGAGCUUGGAAGCUUGCAGGCCACACGCUGGACGAACUCGCCUUCAAGUCUCAAGCCACUGUUUACGGAUCGUGGUUGGGGCUGAUCAUGAACAUAUUGAUUUUGGUCGCUCAAUUCUGGACGGGCUUCGCUCCUAUCGGCUACGCCGAUAUGACGGCUUCGGAACGUGUCGAGAACUUCUUUGAAGUUUACCUCGCUGCACCAAUUGUUAUUGUCAUGUACAUUGGCUACAAGCUCGUCUACAAGACCAAGAUUAGGAGAGCUAGACAGAUCGACAUCACUAGCGGAAGGAGGGAGAUGAACCUUGCGGAGAUCCUGGAAGAGGAACGCAGAGUACAGGCUACUUGGCCAUGGUACAAGAAGGUCUGGAAGACGCUGUGCUAG